GCGAGAGCGAUCGAGGUGGGUGUGAAGGAGAAGAAGCAGCAGAAGAAGAAGAAGAAGCGCCAGAGUUGGCCGAUCGCGGGUUGUAGCAUUGGGACCUGCCGGUGGGAAUCCCACCGCCUCUGCCUCGUCUUGGACAAGGAGCGCAGCCCCGCCCCGCACGGUGGUCGCGGUGCCCUCCCCUCCGCCGGCGGCAGCCCCUCCGACAUCCUCUUCCUCACCGGAGACGGCUGCUCCUCUCUUGCCUCCCUAUCUUAUCUUAUCUUAGAUUAGCCUUUUCCCCCUUCUUUGACUGGUUCACCUGAAAGGACAGAUAGAGAGAAAGAGAUAAAGAUGGUGACCAUCAGGAGGGUUCCCACCGUGCUCUCUACCUGCCAGGAGGAUUCCGGCCAGCCCGGGGGCUGCGGCCGAAACUGCCUCGGCAACUGCUGCUUGCCUGGUGACGCACAAAAUCGCAUCUUGAUUUGUAUUAUUCCUCCAAGAUUCUGUUUGUUUCUUGCUGUAGAAUUGUUUACAGUAUCCAAACUUCCCCUUUAUGCCUUCGGCAGCGACGCAAGUCCGAAAGUUUCUCCCCCCGGUGUCGACGAACCACCGUCCGAUUUCUUUCUCAACACCCUUUUGCAGGGGCAGGAUCGGAUGAGCCGCGGGCUGUUUCGGUACGAUGUGACGGCGUGCGAGACUUGGGUGAUUGCCGGGGAGUAUGGUUUCAUGGCGCAGCUGAACGAGGGCCGCCACCUCAAGAAGCGACCCACGGAGUUCCGCGUCGAUCUCCUCCUCCGGCCCUUGGAUCCUACCAAGUUAAACUUCACCAAGGUCGGCCAGGAGGAGAUCCUGUUCCGCUUCGAGGCUGGGGAAGGUGACAAAGCUCGGUUCUUGGAGAGUGCUGCUGGUGGAUGAAGCCAACACACCCAGCGUUGCCGCGAUCAAUGUGAGUUCUCUUCCAAUGUGCUUUUGUUCUCUGCGCUUCAUGGUAGCUAUUUCUAUUUCUUUUCUCCUCUCUCUUGACUGCUAUAUAUUGCCGAGGUUGCCACUUUGAGGACGGUCAUGUGCUCGACUGCUUGCCUCAGAGAAUCGACCCUGAUAGUUUCUUGCUGGCUCUUCAUAUGGCAGCAGAAGCAGCAAGGCCCUUACUUCAAGCUCGGGUACAAUAGCUUAGUUGAGAGAUCUCCCAUGGAGAGGGUUCCAAUUUGCUGAAGCUUCGUCUGUCCCAGAGCAGAGUGAAGGUCUCACAAUUGCUCAAUUAAAGACAAUUCCAUGGCAUUAUGCAUGUUAUGCUGAUUCCUAAUAAUUGGUUCUGAAGCAAAAAGAAAGUCUCUUUCUGAGGCAAGGUUUGAAGAAGUGAAAGCUUCAAUCUUUUGAGGCCACAGGUGUAAUGGAGUCCGAAGAGAAUAAAGGAACACCAUUGAAGUCCUCAUCUUCCAGGGGGGUGUUGCUUAGUCCUACAAUGAGCAAGACGGCCUGAGCUGUGCUUGCUGCAUUUGCCUAGUUGUUUCCGAGGGGAAUAAGAAGCAGAUACUCUGUCUCACCUCGACACUAUCCGAACUAUCUUCUCUUUGUAUUUGUUCUUCAGAAUACUUUGCCUAAAUAUGCAGGUUAUUUGAAUAAAGCAGAUUGUCGAUUUCAUUGUA